AUGUUAGAUAUUCUAGGUGGAAAAUCCGGUGGUUUAAUCAAGGUUAUCAUCGCGUCCGGCUCCAGUGGAGGAUAUAGGAAAUCUGGGUAUGGAGGAGGAGGAGGAAGAGGGGGAGGAGCCCUUGGAGGAAGUACUGGAGCUCAAGGAUACGGCAGUGUUGGAGGAGGAGGAGGAGGAGGAGGAGGACUCAUUCCCAUAUCUAAAGGAAUCUCGGGAGAUGGAGGAGGAUAUAGUGGAGGUAGGGCUGGAAGGGGGGCCGGAGGAUAUGGGGGGAGCAGUGGUGGGGGCAAUGGGGUGGGACCCAAAGGAUCUGGAAGUGGUGGAAGUGGAGGAUAUAGCAAUGGAGGAGGGGGGAGUGGAUUUGUUCCAGUGUACAUAGAUGGAGGAUCCGGAAGUGGAGGAUAUGGAGGAGGAACCAGUGGGGGUGGAGGAGGAUUUAGACCAAGUGGCUACACAGGCAUCUUGAAUGAGGGAAGCAGUUAUGGUGGUAGUUCUGGGGGAAGAGGGGGAGGAGGUGGUUAUGGAGGUAGUUUAGGAGAUAGAGGAAGUGGUUAUGGACUAAAUUCUGUAGGAGCAGGAGGAGGAGGAGGAGGAGAAGGAGGCAGUUACACAGGUAACUCUGGGGGAGGAAGUGCCAAUGGAGGUCGAGGAAAUGGCUAUGGACUGAGUUCUGGAGGAGGAAGAAGAGGAGGAGGAGGAGGAGGAAGAGGAGGAGGAGGAGGAGGAAGAGGAGGAGGAGGAAGCAGUUAUACAGGUAGCUUUGGAAGUGGAGGAGGAGGAUAUGGAGGUACCUCUGGAGUAGGAGCGGGAGGUAGUUAUGGAGGCAGUUCUGGAGGUGGAGGAAAUGACUAUGGACUAAAUUCUGGAGGACUAGGAGGAGGAGGAAACAGUAAUGCUGGUAGCUUUGGGGGAGGAGGUGCCUAUGGAGGAGGCAGUGCCUAUGGAUUGAGUUCUGGAGGAGGAGGAGGUGGGUAUGGAAGUGCCUCUGGAGGAGGAGGAGGAGGAAGCAGUUAUGCAGGUAGCUUUGGAGGAGGAGGAGGAAGCAGCUAUGCAGGUAGCUUUGGAGAAGGAGGUGGGUAUGGAGGUACCUCUGGAGGAGGAGGAGGAAAUGGCUAUGGACGAAGCUCUGGAGGAGGAGGAGGAAGCAAUUAUGCAGGUAGUUCUGGAGGAGGAGGUAAUGGUUAUGAAGGUACCUCUGGAGGUGGAGGAGGAGGAGGAGGAAGCAGUUAUGCAGGUAGCUUUGGAGGACCUGGGUAUGGAGGUACCUCUGGGGGUGGAGGAAAUGGUUAUGGAGGUAGCUCGGGAGGUGGAGCAGAUGGCUAUGGGUUAAGCUCUGGAGGAGGAGGAGGAGGAGGAGGAAGCGAUUAUACAGGUAACUCUGAAGUAGGAGGUGGUUAUGGAGGUCCCUCUGGGGGUGGAGGAAAUGGUUAUGGAGGUAGCUCGGGAGGUGGGGCAGAUGGCUAUGGGUUAAGCUCUGGAGGAGGAGGAGGAGGAGGAGGAAGCGAUUAUACAGGUAACUCUGAAGUAGGAGGUGGUUAUGGAGGUACUUCUGGGGGUGGAGGAAAUGGUUAUGGAGGUAGCUCGGGAGGUGGAGCAGAUGGCUAUGGGUUAAGCUCUGGAGGAGGAGGAGGAGGAGGAGGAAGCGAUUAUAUAGGUAACUCUGAAGUAGGAGGUGGUUAUGGAGGUACCUCUGGGGGUGGAGGAAAUGGUUAUGGAGGUAGCUCGGGAGGUGGGGCAGAUGGCUAUGGUCUAAGCUCUGGAGGAGGAGGAGGAGGAGGAGGAGGAGGAAGCAGUUAUACAGGUAACUCUGGAGUAGGAGGUGGUUAUGGAGGUACUUCUGGGGGUGGAGGAAAUGGUUAUGGAGGUAGCUCGGGAGGUGGAGCAGAUGGCUAUGGGUUAAGCUCUGGAGGAGGAGGAGGAGGAGGAGGAAGCAGUUAUGCAGGUAGCUUUGGAGGAGGACCUGGGUAUGGAGGUACCUCUGGGGGUGGAGGAAAUGGUUAUGGAGGUAGCUCGGAAGGUGGGGCAGAUGGCUAUGGUCUAAGCUCUGGAGGAGGAGGAGGAGGAGGAGGAAGCAGUUAUACAGGUAACUCUGGAGUAAAAGGUAGUUAUGGAGGUACCUCUCGAGGCGGAGGAAAUGGUUAUGGAGGUAGUGGAGAUGGCUAUGGACUAGCUUCUGGAGGUGGAGGAGGGAGCAGUUAUGCGAGAGGUGGAGGAAGCAGUUACGCAGGUGGCUCUAUAGGAGGAGGUGCCUAUGGAGGUGAUGGAUAUAGCUAUGCCUAUGGAUUGAGUUCCGGAGGAGGAAGAAGUGGAGGAGGUGCUUUUGGAAGCAGCUUUGGAGGUGGAGGAAGUGGCUAUGGAGGACACAGAGGAGGUGGGAGUGGAGGUAAGCCUUUCCAGCUUAGACCUAUGCAUGAAAUGAAGAAACUGUGA